AUGAGUAAAAAAAUUGGAAUAUGGAAUAUACGCUCUCAUGAUGACAAUAAUGAUGAUGCUGAUAUUGAUGAUCGUAAAAACGAUGAUGACUAUGGUAGACGAUCAAGAAUAGAUAAAUCAAAAUCAAGUGAUUCUGGUUCUGCAUCAUUAUUAACAGAUAAUAUAGCGACAGCAUCAGCAAUGGAACCAGCUAUUUCUGUUGCUGUUGCACCAUCACCACCUUCAGCAUCAAAACAACCACAACAGUCACAAUUAGCGACAGCAUCAUCAUCAUCACAACCAGCUGAAAUACCAUCACCAUUGCCAUCAGCUAUGUUUGUAUCAGCAUCAUCUGAAGAACAAAUAAAUAAAGAAGAUCCUUUACCAAGUGCACCAAAUAGUAGCGGUUCAAUGGAAGAAUAUUGUGAUCCUGAUAUGAUUAGUUUUGAAAUUGUAACAGGGUAUGUCUUCUCAGCACCUAGUAAUAUUUUAGAACAAAUACCAGGUACAUUAAUGUUAACUGAUUGCCUAGAAGCUUGUCAAGGAAAUGAAUCUUGUUAUGCUAUUAAUUAUGAAACUGGAUUAUGUGUUCUAUUUACAUCAAAUUCAGACAAAUUACCAGGUGCCCUUUCAAGAUCACAAUUUCCGGUAUUCACAAUUUACGCCCAAAAAACAUGCCUUGGAAUAAGACCAUGUACCAGAGCUUGGUGUGUUGAUCGCGUUCAAGGUCAUAGAUUAAAUAAUUAUUUAAAGAAAACAGUUAGUGCUAAUUCAAGACAAGAUUGUUUUGAACUUUGUCUAGGUGAAACUGAUUUCAAAUGCAGAUCUGCCAAUUUCUUAAAAUCUAAACAUACAUGUGAAUUAUCUGAAAUGGAUCGUAUAACAUUGUCUGGAUCAACAGCAUUCGUACAAGCUGAUGGUUAUGACUAUCUUGAAAAUAAUUGCGCUGAUGAACCAAAUAAAUUAUGUGAAUUCAAAAGAUUAUCUGGACGUAUACUUAAAACUGUUGACUCAGUAUAUCAAGAUAUUGGUGGAAUUGAUGAAUGUCGUGAUUUAUGCUUAAACUCACCAUACAGAUGUCAUUCUUACGAUUAUGGAGAUACUGGUGAUAUGGUCUGCCGUUUAAGUCAUCAUUCACGUGCAACAUUAACAGAUAUUCAAGAUCCAUAUUUAGAUGUUCCAGAAGCAGCAACAUAUGAAUUAUCAUCAUGCUAUAAUGUUUCAAUUGAAUGUCGUGCUAAUGAUAUGAUUGCACGUAUUAGAACGUCAAAACUAUUUGAUGGUAAAGUAUAUGCAAAAGGUUCACCAAAAUCAUGUUCAGCUGAUGUUAAAAAUGCAUUAAAUUUCGAAUUACGUAUGGGCUAUCAAGAUUUAGAAUGUAAUGUUAGACAAUCGGGUAGCGGACGUUAUAUGAAUGAUGUUGUUAUACAACAUCAUGAUAUGAUUGUAACAUCAUCUGAUUUAGGAUUAGCUGUAACAUGCCAAUAUGAUUUAACAAAUAAAACUGUAUCAAAUGAAUUUGAUUUGGGUGUUACUGGUGAUAUUGAACCAGCAUUAUCUGAAGAAGUAAUUGUUGAUUCACCAAAUGUUGUAAUGAAAAUAACAACAAGAGAUGGUAGCGGUAGUGAAGUUAUGCGUUCAGCUGAAGUUGGUGAUCCAUUGGCAUUAAGAUUUGAAAUUUUAGAUCAUGAUAGUCCUUAUGAAAUAUUUGUACGUGAAUUAGUUGCAAUGGAUGGUGGUGAUAAUGCUGAAAUAACAUUAAUUGAUUCUGAUGGUUGUCCAACUGAUCAAUUUAUUAUGGGACCAGUUUAUAAGAGUCCAUCAUCUGGCAAAGUUUUGCUAUCACAUUUUGAUGCAUUUAAAUUUCCAUCAUCAGAAAUUGUACAAUUUAGAGCAUUAGUAACACCAUGUAUGCCAACAUGUGAACCAGUACAAUGCGAUCAGGAGGAUGUUAGCGGAGAAUUAAAAUCACUAAUAUCAUUUGGAAGGAAAAAACGUUCCGUUAAUGCCACAGGUGAGAAUGCGCAAUAUAAUCGUAAUCAUCGUUUACGGCGUGAAACAACAAAUAAACCAAAUCAAGAUGAUAUGUUAUUAGUUCAAUCAAUUCAAAUUAAAGAUAAAUUUGGUUUUGAUAAACACCAGCAAUCAAAAUCAUCAAAUGGUAUUGAUAACAAUAAUGAGACAGUAUUUAUGACUUCUGAUUCUACUGGAUUUUGUGUUAAUGGAAUUGGUCUUGUAUUAGCUGGUACCGUAUUCCUUUUGGCACAAUUAGUUGUUAUUGCUAUAUGGACAUAUUUAUAUCAAAGACGUGGUAAACAAAAAUUAUAUAAAAAUGAAUCAGCAUCAAUACAAUCAACAUAUGCAUCAUCUGGUGGAAGUAUAGGUACUGGACCAAUUUUAGUACCAACUCAAUCAUCAUUAAAUGGUAGUAGGGCUGAUUCUUUAUGCAAAUUAUAUGAUAAUGGAUAUUCUGGUCGACAUGGUCGUCAAUUUUAG